CUAAUGCGGCAAAUCUAUGUGCGCGGGGUGUUUAAAAGGCGCUCACCGAGUCAUUUUCGCUGACAGUCCUCCGCAAAAGUCUGCACGCGUGAUUCUCGCAAAGAGUACGCCCCAGUUUUAUAAAAGUUCAUUUUUUUUCUGCCAAGUUCACCCCAAAUUAGCAAUUCACAAUGUCUGCGUGGGAAGGCAAGAAGUACAAAUUGGAGAAAUCCGAAAAUUUUGACGAAUACAUGAAGGCACUCGGUGUCGGUAUGGUUCUGCGCAAAAUGGGCAACACUGUGACACCAACAGUGGAGCUGGUUAAGAAUGGUGAUGAAUACACAUUCAAUACAACAUCCACAUUCAAGAGCACCACCAUCAAAUUCAAGCUUGGCGAGGAAUUCGAAGAGGAGACCGUGGAUGGGCGUAAAGUGAAGAGCGUGUGCACAAUGGACGGUCCCAAUAAGCUCGUGCACGAUCAGAAGGGUGAGAAGCCAACGGUGAUCAUUCGUGAGUUCACCCCAACUGAUCUCACUGCCACAAUGACUGCUGGUGACGUUAAAUGCGUUCGCUACUACAAGGCUGUAUAAAGAUCAUGCUCGUAGCAGUCAAUGAGGGAGGGAGGAACCCACCAUUAGAGAUUUUUUUUGCUUUAAAAAGAAAAUUCUCAAAUCCUCCCUCGCAAAAAUAAAUGCAGCACCAAAAAACUCAAUUUCUAAGCGCAUCUUUUCUAAUCACUUUUGCUAAUUAAAUAAAAUAAAGCAUCACUUUCAUCUCACGAGAACAUUUUUCCACGUUUAAAAAAAAACUAAACGUAAUGCCGAAGACCCGGGAAAAGUAAUUUAUCCACCACGAUGGAAUCGAUGAGGAUGAUUUUUUUCCACAAAAAUUACCACAUUUAUACAUUAAAUAGAAAAAUGUACAGAAAGUGAAGAAAACAUUAAAAAGCAUUCCAAAAAUAAA